AAGAAUAUACUUACUCGCCUCCCAGAAGGAUGAGCGGAGGCGAAAGUUGGUUCUCACCGUCGAGAAUUCCCGAGCAGGAUAUUGGCGGAACUGGAAAUGAUCGCGUAGAUUACAGCGGCGAUGAUAAGAGAAAGAUUGGCGAUUAUUAUCGCGAGUUAGUAAAGUCAAACCCUGCGGAUUCUCUAAUUCUUCGAAACUACGGAAAGUUCUUGCAUGAGAUAGAAAAUGAUACAGCGAAAGCAGAGGAAUAUUACGGAAGAGCAAUAUUGGCAAAUCCUGGUGACGGAGAGGUUCUGUGCUUGUACGGAAACUUGAUUUGGAUGACACAGAGAGACGGCGACAGAGCAAAGGCUUAUUUCGAUCAAGCGGUCAAGGUCUCUCCCAGCGAUUCGACGGUGUUGGCGUCGUAUGCACUAUUUAUGUGGGAAUCAGAGGAGGACGACGACGGAGAGGAGGAAGGAAUCGAUAACAAAGCCAAAACGUCACCGCCCUUGGUCGCAGCGUUUUAAUUCGUGUAAUUAUCAAAUAAUGUAAUAUUAAUUAAUCGUUAAUCCUACUAACCGGACGAAUAAUGAUGUGAUUAUAUUUGUACCUAACCAAAAAGGCUAAAAAGACAUGGAAAACGACUGUGUAUAAGGUUUGUAUGUAGACAAGCGGAAGAAGUAUUUGUAUCUGUUUUCAAAAUUUGUGAAGAAACAUUCCAAAUUAUCUGCUUAA